AUGAAUCCUUAUCAUUCUUUUCGGUUAGAAAUCCAAUUUAGUACUAUCGAGAUUUUUCAAAAAUCUCUUAAAUAUAUUCAUGAACCCACUAAAAAUGAAGUCGUUCUUGAUCAUGAUAAUAUUAAAAAAGAAAUUGCUAAUGCAAAAUUUUAUGAAGACGGAACAAAAAUAAUUCGACCUAUUUUAAACGAGAAACAAGAACAUCCAACAAUUGAAAUUUAUAAUGGUGAUUGUUUGAGCCAUGCAUUGGAUAUAAAGAGAAAUCUUGGUUUAAAUCCUAUCGUACUUAAUAUGGCGAAUGAUCAAGUUCCUGGUGGCGGUUACCUUUAUGGUGCUGGUGCUCAAGAAGAGAAUAUGUUUCGUCGUACCAAUCUUUUUCAAUACCAUGAACCAAAAGAUCAUCAUGAAUGGUAUCCUAUUCCUAAGACUGGUGGAAUUUAUUAUCCAAAUGCUACUGUGAUUCGAACAAAUGAGCAAGAAAAUUAUGAAUUGUUGGAAGUUCCAGAAAAGAUGUCCUUUGUGGCGGUUGCUGCUUUGUGCCAACCGAUUCUUGUAAAAGAUUCUGAUGGUAAAGAUACUUUGUCUGACGAUGACAAGGAACUAACCCGACAAAAAAUUCGCACCAUGUUGAAUAUUGGAUUGGAUAAUGGUCAUGAUUGUAUAAUUCUUUCGGCAUUUGGUUGUGGUGCUUUUUCAAAUCCACCUUCGAUCAUUGCUGAAUUAUUCUAUGAAGUAAUUUCCCAAGAAUAUGCUGGUGAUGCAGAAAAACUACCAAAAACUUAUCGUCAUAUUGCCUUUGCUAUUUUUGAUGAUGUAAGUGCAUUGCAGUGGAAAGAUGGUGAAG